GUGGUCAGAAAAAAAAUGGACUUUGUACCUUUUGAAAAGCAACCCAGUAAAAAAUUAUUAACAGUUGAAGAAAUUCAUGCUGUUCAUUUUGUGUUUUAUGCCAGUGGAGUAACUUUGCGACGCUCCCUAAUUCCGAUUUAUAAACGACCUUUGCCCUUUACAAGACGCUAGCUGCCGUAUUGUAGCAUGCUGCGGGGAAUAGCAGGCGGACUCUGCAUACUCCGUCAAGCUCACGCAGUAAAAGACGUGCUCAUACACCUGCCUAAGCUCGUGGCUCAUAGAAACAUGUCUUCCCCAGCUAAACGACCGGUGUCCUUGUUGGGAACCAUGGCGUUCGGGGGUCGAGCUGACGCCGAGCAGAGCCGGGAGAUGGUGAAGGCUUUCCUGGACAGGGGGCACAACCAGGUGGACACAGCCUUCAUGUACGUGGAUGGAAAGUCGGAGACUAUUAUUGGAGAUAUGAAACUUCCUAAAACAGUAAGCAUAGCCACCAAAGCCAACCCCUGGGACGGGAAGACCCUGAAGCCAGAGAGUGUGCGCUCCCAGCUGGAAACCUCUCUGCAGAGGCUGCAGACGGACUGUGUGGACCUCUUCUACCUCCAUGCCCCGGAUCAUCAAAACCCCAUCCAGGACACUCUGAGGGCCUGCAAUGAACUCCACAAAGAGGGAAAAUUCAAAGAGCUUGGGCUGUCCAACUAUGCAUCAUGGGAGGUGGCUGAAACAGUUUGCAUCUGCAGACAUAACAACUGGAUUGUUCCCACUGUGUAUCAGGGGAUGUAUAAUGCCACUACAAGACAGGUGGAAACAGAGUUGCUGCCGUGCCUGAGAUACUAUGGGAUGAGAUUUUAUGCAUACAAUCCUUUAGCAGGUGGCCUUCUGACAGGGAAGUACCACUAUGAAGACAAAGACAACGGCUCUCAGCCUGCAGGACGCUUCUUUGGUAACAACUGGGCAGCAGCAUACAGGGACAGAUACUGGAAACAGAGUCAUUUCCAGGCUAUAGAUUUGGUUCUCAAGUCCUUGGAGACAGUUUACGGCUCAGAGAAACCCUCCCUGACAUCUGCUUCCAUGCGGUGGAUGUACCACCACUCCCAACUUAAGGGUGAUCUUGGUGAUGGAGUCAUAAUCGGCAUGUCAAGCAUGGACCAACUUCAGCAAAACCUCUCUGCUGCAGAGGAGGGUCCUUUGGAUCAGAGAGUAGUUGAUGCCUUCAAGGAUGCCUGGGACCUUGUAGCCCACGAGUGUCCAAACUACUUCAGAUGAGCUGCACCCCAGUCCAUUUGUAUAAAAUUAGGCAAAAAAUAGAUCUUAACAGUCAAUUUCCCUCAAUUGCCUUUGUUUUACUUUUUCUAAGUCACAUGGGAGAUUAACUCUGAGUCGGUCAGCUGGGAACAUUUGUUGAUUAGCAAAGACAAUUGUAUAAAUGUAAAAAUGACAAUUUCAUAUUUUCUGCUAAAGUAACUUUCCUCACAUUAAAAUGAUUUUCUAACAUGA